AUGACCUGGAAUCAACACUUGGCACUCUUACAAAGAUAUAUUGGAGGAGGAGGAGGGGAAUGGGGAAAGAACUUCGAAAGUAGCUCCAAGUUAAUGUCUUCUACUUCGGAUCUUCUUCAGCAAGACCGUUCAAUAGAGGCUCAGCCGUGGGAUAAGAAGGUCUAUGUGGAAAUAAAAACAGUAAAAGCUGAAGAAGAUUUUGAAUUGCCUGCUGCAACCCAUCCAUUCCGCAGAAAUUUUGGUGGAGGCAGGUCGAAGCAGCACUUAACCGAGGCAGAGAAGGAAGCAAGAAGAAUACGUAGGGUUUUAGCUAAUAGAGAAUCGGCGCGGCAGACAAUUCGUCGUAGGCAGGCUAUGUGUGAAGCAUUGACCAAGAAAGCUUGUGAGUUAGCAUUGGAUAAUGAGAGUAUGAAGCGGGAAAAGGAGUUGGUCAUGAAACAAUAUCAGUCCCGGAAGGAUUUUAACAAUCACUUAAAGAAACAGUUGGCUAGGGCAGAGGCUAGGACUGUGGAAGCCCCAGGACUUAGUUUGAACGCACCACCGUUGUCCGAGAAUCUGCCGUCCGACUACAAAGGACCACCAUUUACAAUCAUCUGGCCGUCCGUAAUGCAACCUGUAAAUUCUGUCCGAGCAAAAUCCAUUGCUCAACAUGAUACUAAGGUGCAAGAUCCAGUACCACCAAUUAGCAACACAAAUGCAUUACAAGAACAGGGUAAUCAUUCAAGUGUUAAUGCACCAAAUUCUCCUUUCUAUAUACUUCCUUGCCCAUGGUUUGCACCUCUCCCUGACCCUGAUAGGGGUACAACUAAUAACUUCCCCGAGACUUCAAUCAGGUUAACUAAAUGUCAUCCAGAAGAGUUGGUGUUUUUCCCCGCUCCUUCAAGAUCUGCACAAGCAACGACAGUUGUCAAGAGUGAGAUCGAUCAGCUGCAAGAUUCCACCUUCAAUACCGAAUCUGCUUCUACCUCAAGCAUCCAUGUUUCAAGUGCUUUCCCAGAAAGUAAACAUGAAAUAGAUACCUAUGCAAAUAAGAAGCUGUUAGAUGCAGCUGCUGCAGCUGAAGCCAGAAAGAGGCGGAAGGAACUCACAAAGAUGAAGAACCAUCAAAGUCGACAAGUCAGACUGCGGUGCUGAGGUUUUAACAAUGUUUUUGGCUAAUCUACAACCGUAAAGAAGUGAGCUGGUAUCAGCACAUGACCUUGUCGGUAGGAGCUCUCUGUCUUGGGUCUCGACAAUUCAUAGAGGUGGUUGUGCAGACAUCCUCUCACACAUUGUCAUCAUACAUUUAUACAUUUCUUGAACGGCAAUAGAUUUGGUUACGUGGUCUGAGCUUCCUAAUGAAGAUGAAAUUGGAGAGUUUUUCGAUUCUCAGCGGCAACAGUUACUAAUUGUAAGAAGAGGAUUAGAUAUUUAAUCUUGAACUGGUUUGGAAUAGCACAUUAUACGGUUCCGGCAUCUUUUAAUCAACAUUUCACUACCUAAUUAUGUACCUAAUCAACCCGAGCCUUAUGGUGGGUUUAGAGCUACAUUGUUAUGAGCUUGUAUGGAGGUCUUGCAAGUUUCUGAUCCAGAUUUUACUGUUAGGCUUUU